AUGGCGCACCUCGCACUUUUCCACGGAUGCGCGACGCGCAACUGCACUCGCUGCAGCGCUCAGUUCCUUUCGAUUCCUGGUGGCGGCGCUCUCUGCGACCAGUGCCUUCACUUCAACACGACCAACACACAACAGCAAUCGUAUCAAUCGCUCGACGUCUCGGCGCAAGCGCUGCUACUGCCAUUGCAGGAAUGCAUCUGCGGCAACUCCUUCCUCGAGUGGAAGGGCCAUCUCGCACAUAUCGGGCUCUGUCCUGGGUGCACUCGAUCCCUGGGCGACGUCGACGCGCAUCAGCGAGUUGUUGCUGCCUUCGACCGGUCGUUUCCGCAUUACACGCCGCCGGAUCAAGAGUGGCUUGUUCUUAACGGAUUCAGAGGCCAGGUCACACCAGCGGUGCUGGCGGAGUUCAAACAGAGGGCCUUUGAGUCUCGGCUAGAAUUACACCCAGCUUUUCAGCGCCGGCGACAUCAGCAGUCGCAGUACACUCAAACACGACCAGUGGGACCUUCGACCCCGAGCGUCAACACUGCGCAGCAGCAUUCGAGAUCCCACCCCCAGAUGUCACCUCCGCAGCCGAACUACCAUACCCACGUGACACCGGUCCAUACUCCACCUACACACUUCCACUCACCUGCGCACGCAACUCAGACUGACGGAGCGAGACUCGGUCAGUUCCAGUCAGCCACGCGCGGGUCUCACCCGGUUGGCAGCACCCCCUUUCCAUCACAUUUCCGACCUGCACACCUCGGGGGAAACGCUUCACGUACGCAGUCGCAGUCGCCGUCACCUGCGACCCACGCGACCGUCAAUGCUCCGCAAGGUUUGGACGGCAAUGGCGCACAACUCGCAGCAGUUCGUGCUCAAAAGCGUCACGAACUUGAGCGCGCUCAACAACCUCGAUUCCCCGGCAAUGCGAGAUCUACUCCGACCGCCGCCUCGUCCAGCGGAAUAACCAAGGCCAAGCCUGGGCGACUCAUCUGUUCCUUGUGCAAGAAGGACAAACCCAUCAUCAAGGACAGGAACGACGGAAAACUCUGUACACCUUGCUUCAAAGACUGCCGUCGAGAGGGCGACCAGCUGCGCACCCUUGCUGAACAGGAAAAGCAACAAGAACAGCAAAAGCAGCAAGCACAGCAAGAACAACAAAAGCAGCAAGUCAAUCAACUGCAGACACCCAGUUCAGCAGAGCGCGCACCUGCACCUUCUACAAACCGGCCACAAACUCCGGUGCCUACUCAGAGCGUCAUCGCCACGCCUAGUACCUCAUCCAGUCCGAGCGCAAUCCCCUCACAAUGCUCGUCCGAAUAUGCCAGAUCGCAACCGCAAACUCCGAACCUUGCACUAAGCGUCGCCAUCACCCCCAGCACGACGCCAAGCCUGAGCGAACCGGACCCGCAAGAACAGCAGAGCAGUCGAUCACACACUCCGACUCCAUCACAGCGCCCAACCAAUAUGUCGACUGACCCAGCGCAAUCCUCGGGCACCACCUUUGAUGUCCCGAAUACUCAGACUACCAUACCUGGGAUACCACAAGCAACUGUCGAUCUUGCGAUAAAAGAGAAUAUGCUCGACUUGGUAAUUGCGGUGCACCGAAUGCGAGAGGAGGAAGCUGCAAGGGAAUCGAGCGAUCAAGGAUACACUGUGCAGUAG